AAAAAAAAAAUAAAAAAUAAAAACUGUUGAUUUUCAAAUAUGCAAUCAUCGAAUUUUAAUAACCCUCGUGAUCUCUUACAUACUUCCGAUACAUUAGUUAAUAUUGUUAAUAUUUAUGGUCUCUUGGCAUUUGACUCACGCUAAAGACUCACACAUCGUAAGCCACUUUAACUUAAGCUAUAUUACACAUUACACAGAUCUGUAGACCAUCUCAUCUUUAGUCAAGACUUGUUAUAUUUAUAUAGAGUGCUAACUCAUCAAUUUGAGAUUGCUUUUUAUUUUUUUUUUUGGUAAGCAUCUACCAAGGGAUUUUUCAAUUUACGAGUAACCCCCAAUACUUAAGGACACCGAUAUAUACAUAUCGGAUCACGACAACAGUAUACAUAUAAUUCAACGAGCUCGAGAACUGUUCAAGAUCAUUCAAGAGCAAAUUUCAUUACAAGUCCAACUACGUUCUCAUAUAUGAACUACGUAUCGUCAUUCUUGACUAGUCCUGAAGGACUUCAACAACAACAGCAACAGCAGCAUCAACAACAGCAACAGCAACAGCAACAACUCAACCCACCAUUUGAAGCUCAUCAACAACCAGUAGCACUCCAACAACAAUUUCUUCCAGAUCCUACGUCUUUUCAAGACUCUGCCUUUGUUAAGGCUAAAGGCUCCUUAACGGGAUUAAGUCGUACCAAUUCAUUCUCUGAAACUGAUCUUAAAAAUCUUUUAAUCGAAAAUACUGCUACAACCACUACCUCAGUGUCAAAUACAUCAUCGGCAACUUCAAGUGAUAGAAGUGAUAGUAAUAAUAUUCAAAGUCUUGUUACUAAUAGUUCAAGUCCAAAUACUAUUUCAAAUUCCAAUACUAAUUUCAAUACCAUAGUACCAUCAAUAGAAUCAAAUAAGUUAGUACCUCAUCUGUAUACUACAAGUAAUUUAUUUCCUGAAAAUAGUGUAUCACCUAGUACUAAUAUCCUUUCUCCAAAUAACGUUUCAUCAACAGUAAAUGUAUCAAGCACUAGUGCUACAACCAAUACUAGUACAGUUAAUAAUAGUGCCAAUAAUACUAAUAAUUCAACUGCUGAUCCUACUUCAAACGCUCAACAAACAUCUUCUUUAUUCCAAUUCCAUAAUCCAUUUGAAAUGAACUCAUAUCCAAUGACAAAUCCUCCAUUAUUUGAUUCAACAACUAUGAUUCCUUAUAUGUCUGAUGGCGUACAAAGAAGAAGGAGAAUUUCUAUUUCUAAUGGUCAAAUUGGUCAAAUUAUAAAUCACGAAGCUUUAUUUUAUAAUGAAGAUUAUUCAAAUCCAAUGUUUGAUGAUGAUGAUUUAAUGCAACCUCCUACCACGGUUCCAAACAAUAACAAUCAAAUGACAAAUCAAUUACCUCAACAACCUAUAUUACCUCAAACAGCCACUACUGUUCCAAUUAUUCCACUUCACCAUCAACAAGUCCAACAACAACAAGCACAACAAGCACAACAACUCAACCAACAAUUUCAACAGCCAACAAAAGUAGAACCUUCUAAAGAAGUCUCUAAUGUUGCAGGAGUUCCACCACCUAAUCAUCAAUUAAUCUACAAUAAUGAAGUUAUCUAUAAUCCUAAUAAUGGGCCAAUACCCGGUACAGCAGCAUGGAAAAGAGAAAGAUUAUUAGAAAGAAAUAGAAUAGCUGCUUCAAAAUGUAGACAAAGAAAGAAACAAGCUCACUUACAAUUACAAGAUAGUAUAAAUAGAAUGGAACUGCAAUUGGGUGAUGCCAAAUCUCAAAUUCAAAAAUAUGAAAAGGUAUUAAACAAAUACAACCGAGUUUUACGAGAUUAUUUCAAUAAGGGUGUCAAUAAUUUACAAGAAUUGAAGAAUCUUGUGGAUACAGAACUCUCCGAUCUCACUACAGAUGGUAUAUAAGACACUGUCUCUUUAUUGUAUUCUAUUCUAUUUUAUUUUAUUUUAUUCUAUUCAGUUCAAUUCUUUUCCAAUUCUAUUACAUUGUAUUCAUUCAAUUUUUCAAAGAAAAGUUCAAUUUAGGUUUUAGUAUAAGUUAUGUAUUCUUCCCGUUUUCCAUUUAUUCUUAUUUAGUUCAGUUAUCAGUUAUCAGUUAUAUUAUAUAGAAAUUUAUAUUGCAAUUAAAGAUAAUU